ACGAGUAGGGCCGCUCAUUGGCCCGGGAGGAGGAGGAAGGGGAGAGGCCGAGGCGAGCAGCAGGAAGAAGCGCAGGGCGAGGAGGAGGCGCACGCGUUUGGAGAGGUCGGAGGGGGGACCGCCUUGGAGGACGGAGAAAGAGGGGGAGAAGGGCUUGCUUGGAACCAUGUGGCCUCUCCUCUGGGCGACGGUCCGGGCCUAUGCCCCGUAUGUCACCUUCCCCGUGGCCUUUGUGGUCGGGGCAGUGGGCUACCACCUGGAGUGGUUUAUCCGCGGCCAGCCUCCUCCGCCAGCCCUUGAGGAUGAGAAGAGCAUUUCGGAGAGGCGCGAGGACCGCACGCUCCAAGAAAGUGCCGGGAAGGACCUCACCCAGGUGGUCAGCCUCAAAGAGAAGAUGGAAUUUGCUCCCCGAGCGGUGCUCAACCGGAACCGGCCUGAGAAAAACUGAAGGAUCUGCCUGGGUGCCUUCGAGACCAACCAAAUUUUGCCCCUUGGUUGGCAGAGUGAUUCUGUUUGGAUUCCAUUUGGGUUCCUAAUCCUAUUGGUGCUUCUGCCUUGCCGGGAUCAACGAAUAACAGUCUGCCAUUCCUGUUGCCUUCACCCUCAUUUCGCACCCAUGGCAGAUCACUAGAAUCCAAACAAUCCAUGGAAAUAGGGAUGCAGAGGAGGUACGUUGGGACCCGGCACUUAUGGGACCCCACAGAACGAUUUAUCUCCCACCAGGCGCAUUCAACACACACUGAAACUGUGUUGUUAUCAUGUGUUAUGUAUUCCCCCCCCCCCCCAAUAGUUUCAGCUGAACAACAUGGUCCCUUUUCUUUCCAUCUUUUUUUCCUUGACAUUGGCCAGAUUUGACUUUCAAAACAUCCCUCGUCCCUGUGAAGCGAGAUUGCUUAUUCACAUGCCGUUGGAGACUGGCGUUUUCUAUAGGACUUCUGGGUGCCAGGAGAAGUUGAAACCACCACACACAACAGGUGGUUGCUGCUUUUGUGCACUGUUGCUGCUACUCAGGAAAACUGGAUAUGUUUCCCCCAGGAUUUUCUGUGCGGGAAAGGGGGAUGGCUGACUUUUUGGACGUGGAUUUACCUACCAGUGAAAUUCGAUAUUAAAACACAGUUUGGAAAUGUA